UAAAUAGUUACGUGUUUGACAACUGUUAGAAUUACACGUACUAUUAUUUUGUUUUAUUAUAAAGUGUAAAUAAAAUAAUUAACGACAAGUAAAGUCUAGAAAAUGCUGUCGUAAAAUAAUCUGAGACAAUAGUAUAAUCAAGUUUAUUAUAUUAUUUAUGCUUUAUAUAAUUGUUUUAUGAUGAAAUAUUGAAAUUACUACGUACGUUGCAUACAAAUUUAUUGUUUUGAAAAGAAAUCCUCGUAUAGUAAAGUUUUGGAGGGAGAACUUUUGGACGAGUUGAGUCUUUUCUGUACAAUUCUAACGUUAUUAGUAAAAUUACUAAAAUUUGAGGUUAUUUAGUUUCUUGCUUGUGCUCGUUUAGUCCUGAUUGUUGUUAAGAUUGAUGCCUGUUGAGUCAAUCUUAACAGUUUCUCAAGAUUGAUUCUUCAGUGAUGGUUUAUAACAGUGUAUUUCAGAAUCAGAUCUAUUACCAGUUUUGAAGUUAACAUGUGGGAAUGUAUGUGAUUAUACAAGUGAACUGACAAAGAUUUAUAUUAAACAAAGUUUCAAGUUAUACAGCUUAAUUCCAUUAGUUCGUUCAAAAUGAAAGAUUGCAGAGACACAGAGUCAAACAGUGGAAGCGGAAAUAUUAAAAAAGAGUGUGACUAUGGUGAUAGAUGUUAUAGGAAAAAUCCAGCCCAUUUUCAAGAAUUCAGUCAUCAACAUUUACAUAAUCUCUUAGAAACCUGUGAAAGGAAGGGUUUACAAUCGUUGCCUGAAGAUUUCAGAGCUAAAAUUAGCAGACAAACAGUUUUAGAACAGUUGAAUAUUCUCAGAAGUUUAAAAUCAAGCACAAAUCGCAAUCCAACAACUGAUGAAACUCAGGCCAAGAAAUUAAGUAUAGGCCUAACUGAAACAACAAACGUUAAUUCAGAAAACAAAAAACCAAGUUCUUCUGUAGAAAGUUCAAGCACUUCACAAAGGAAGCGGCAGAGCUCAAGUACAGACGUUUGGAGCUCUAGUGAAAAAGGACCACCUGAACAGAAAAGAAUUAGCCCUAAUCAAAGUGGCUCAACAGGAAAACAAUUUCCAAGUACAGGAUCCAGUAUGGGAGACCAGAGUAAUAAAGGAAUUAAGGACUCAUCAGAUGUGGCUUUAAGUAGUGAGGAACAUCGGAAUAGAAUGCAGCAAGCUCGGAAUAUGGACGAGGCAAUGAAGUACUUCCAAGAUGUGAAGAAGAGAAGUCAGGGCAACAUUUGUGAGAAGCACAAAGCUGCUGCUCCGUACUACUUCUUCCUCACGUCUGUUACUGACUCCAGACAAACUCACAAGGAGCCGCUGUCAAUACAGAUGUUUGAUAUUCUGGAUCCAUCUCUUGGAGACCUGGAAUCUUCUCUUCAGAUUAACUUCAUGGUGCAAUUCGGAUGGCUCAUGGCACAAUAUUACACAGCUCAACAACGUGGUAAACCACUCACGUUAUUGUAUGGAGAAAUGGACGUUGAUAAGUUGAAGUUUCCGAAUGUAACAGCUGUCAACGUGAAACCUCCUUCUCCAUUUGGAAGCCAUCAUACGAAGAUGUGUGUGAUGGCGUACCGAGACGGGAGUGUACGAGUGUGCGUACACACAGCCAACCUGGUAGAGUCGGACUGGGACAAUCGGGUGCAAGGUGUCUGGCUGUCUCCUCUCUGUCCUGCCCUGCCCCUGGACACCGACUCCACUGCGGGGGAGUCACCUACAAACUUCAAGCAGGACCUGAUACUGUACCUGUCAGCCUACAGGCUACCUGAACUGCAGCCCUGGAUUAGUAAACUACGCAGGGCGGACUUCUCCCAUAUCAAUGUAUUCUUUGUCGCGUCAACUCCCGGGUCACACAAAGGUGUGGAUUCCGACAAGUGGGGACACGCCAAGCUGAGCUCACUGCUCAAGCGACAUGUCCAGAUCACGCCCAAGAGUAGUAGUCCUCCACCCUCGUGGCAGAUCAUCGCUCAGUGCUCCUCCAUCGGUAGCCUGGGCCCCCAGCCCACAGCCUGGUUCUGUGGGGAGGUGAAGCAGGCCAUGAGUGGUGGUAUGGGCCUUGCCCUCCAGUCAGCACCACCCAUCCGACUGGUGUAUCCCACGUUCGACAAUGUGGCGGGCAGCUAUGAUGGACUGCUGGGAGGAGGCUGCCUCCCCUACUCCAAGAAAACUCACGAGAAACAGCCUUGGCUUCAGCAGUACUUAUACCAGUGGAAGAGCGACAGCCGGAAUCGCACCCGAGCGAUGCCACACAUCAAGACGUACUGUCGCGUGUCACCUGACCUGUCUCAGCUCGCUUGGUUCCACCUGACCUCUGCCAACCUCUCCAAGGCUGCGUGGGGUUCCUUGACCAAAGCUGGAGCCAUCAGCAUCCUGUCCUACGAGGCUGGUGUCCUUUUCCUGCCCAAGUUUGUGGUGGGGUCUAACAGUUUCCCAAUAAAGGAAGAAGUAGCUGGAGAUAUGCCGGUCUUUCCUAUGCCUUACGAUUUACCUCUCACUCCCUUCUCUUCCAGAGACGUGCCUUGGUUCAUGGACAAUCUAAGCUAACUUCCAGAUUACAUCUAUGCCAUCACUGAAUUAACAAGAAUCACUGUAAUCAGAUAUUAAACAAAUGUUCAGUAAUUAACAUGUUUACAUUCCCUAUUAAAGUGAUGAAAGUACAUUUUCAAAUAUUAUUUAAUUUUAUUGGUGGCAUGUUAUUUUUUACAAUAGCUUGUUAGUUUCACAAAUGCCAUUUUAUCAUCUCUAGCUUUACGAAUUAUGGAAAAUAGUGUAACUAUUAUGUACAUACAAUUAUGUGUAAUUUAAUGUUGUUGAUAAUUUUAUUGUAAUUUGGUUGUGAUACAUUUUUAAUGAUAUUGUUAAUGGAUUAAAAACCAAAAUAAAACAUGGAAGUAAGAUGUA